AUGAGUGGAUCAGGAACUCCCGCCUCUGGCGUUAUCACCAGCAGCGCCGAUCGCAUGGUUGGCAUGGAGCAUGCUGAAGUUCGUUACUUUACUAGCUACGACCACCACGGUAUUCACGAGGAGAUGCUGAAAGACGAUGUCCGUACCCGCUCCUACCGCGACUCGAUCUACCAAAACCGCCACAUCUUCAAGGACAAGGUCGUCUUGGAUGUCGGCUGUGGUACUGGUAUUCUGAGCAUGUUCGCUGCUCGCGCUGGUGCCAAGCACGUCAUUGGUGUGGACAUGUCCUCCAUCAUUGAGAAGGCCAAGGAGAUUGUUGCCGUCAAUGGCCUCUCUGACAAGAUCACCCUUCUUCAGGGCAAGAUGGAGGAGGUAAAUCUCCCAUUCCCUAAGGUUGAUAUCAUCAUCUCAGAGUGGAUGGGCUACUUCCUUCUUUACGAGUCCAUGCUGGACACUGUCCUGUAUGCCCGUGACACCUACCUUCAACAGGGUGGUCUCAUCUUCCCCGAUAAGGCUACUAUGUAUGUCGCUGCUAUCGAGGAUGGCGAGUACAAGGAUGACAAGAUUGGAUUCUGGGACAACGUCUAUGGCUUCGACUACAGCCCAAUGAAGGACAUUGCUCUCACCGAGCCCCUCGUUGACACUGUCGAAAUGAAGGCUCUUGUCACUGACCCCUGCCCGAUCAUCACCUUUGACUUGAACACUGUCACCGCCGCCGAUCUUGCCUUCCGCGUACCCUAUAACCUCACUGCCAAGCGCAGUGACUUCAUCCAUGCGCUCAUCUCCUGGUUUGAUAUUGAGUUCAGCGCCUGCCACAAGCCCGUCUACUUCUCCACUGGUCCCCAUGCCAAAUAUACCCACUGGAAGCAGACUGUCUUCUACCUCCCCGAUGUCCUUACCAUUGAGGAGAAUGAGCGCGUUUCUGGCUGGCUCGAAAACCGCCCCAACGAUAAGAACAAGCGUGAUCUCGACAUCAACCUCACAUACAAGUUCGAGACUGAUGACCCUACUCGCGUCGCUGACGGCAGCUGCUCUUACCGCAUGUGCUAA